CUGGUGAUGCGCAGAUGCAUUGGGAGCGAGGGGAUGAUGGGUUGCCACCUUUAUCGGCUGAUGGACCCGAUCGGUCGCGGCUAAAAUGCUCAGCGGUUGUUCGCUGUCAACCUUCACGGCGGUUUGGAACUCGUAUAGUGGUUUGACGGCGACGGUGUGUCAGUCGCUUGGUGUGUACGUAAUCUUUGGAGUGGGGGACCGGAUCGUCGGGGAAGAUAUUGUAGUUACACUCCGUCUUCCUUCCACAUCCCCCUCCCUCCUCAGUCUGCGCAGAUGAGGUGCGCAGUGGGUUUGUGAAGUUUUGUGGAUCAGGGAAAAGAGCCAAAGCCAAAGAGACAGUAGGUGCAUCAGCGCUCGACCAGUAGAGGUAGGGAUGGAUGUCACUAGUCGGUGUACACUUGGUGACCCCAACAAACUGCCAGAGGGAGUACCGCAACCAGCCAGGAUGCCAUUUGUAUCAGAUAAACACCCUAGGCAGACUUUAGAAGUGAUCAACCUCCUGAGGAAGCACCGGGAACUCUGUGAUGUGGUACUGGUUGUGGGCGCAAAAAAGAUUUAUGCGCAUCGAGUGAUCCUAUCAGCUUGCAGCCCCUACUUUCGAGCCAUGUUCACAGGUGAGCUCGCAGAAAGCCGGCAGACAGAGGUGGUGAUUCGUGAUAUUGACGAACGUGCCAUGGAGUUGCUGAUUGACUUUGCUUACACAUCUCAGAUAACAGUAGAGGAGGGGAACGUGCAGACCUUGCUGCCGGCUGCCUGCCUGUUGCAGCUGGCUGAGAUCCAGGAAGCAUGCUGUGAGUUUCUGAAGAGGCAACUUGAUCCAUCAAACUGCUUGGGAAUCAGAGCUUUUGCUGACACCCACUCCUGCAGAGAACUGCUGCGGAUUGCUGAUAAAUUCACUCAACACAACUUUCAAGAGGUGAUGGAGAGUGAAGAGUUCAUGUUGUUGCCAGCCAAUCAACUUAUUGAUAUAAUUUCCAGUGAUGAGUUGAACGUGCGGAGUGAGGAGCAGGUUUUCAAUGCAGUCAUGGCGUGGGUCAAAUAUAGCAUUCAAGAGCGACGCCCGCAGCUUCCCCAGGUAUUACAACAUGUUCGCCUGCCACUGCUCAGUCCCAAGUUCCUGGUGGGUACAGUUGGUUCUGACCCUCUCAUCAAGAGUGAUGAGGAGUGCAGAGACCUUGUGGAUGAAGCCAAAAAUUAUUUGCUUUUACCACAAGAACGACCUCUAAUGCAAGGUCCAAGGACAAGACCUCGUAAGCCUAUCCGAUGUGGUGAGGUUUUAUUUGCAGUUGGAGGUUGGUGCAGUGGAGAUGCAAUUUCCAGUGUUGAGCGCUAUGACCCUCAGACCAAUGAGUGGCGGAUGGUAGCCUCAAUGAGCAAACGACGGUGUGGCGUAGGGGUCAGUGUGUUGGAUGAUCUCCUUUACGCAGUGGGUGGACAUGAUGGCUCAUCAUAUCUUAACAGUGUGGAGAGAUAUGAUCCAAAGACCAACCAGUGGAGUAGCGACGUGGCUCCCACCAGUACAUGUCGGACCAGUGUUGGCGUGGCAGUGUUGGGAGGGUAUCUGUAUGCUGUAGGUGGCCAGGAUGGCGUCUCUUGUCUGAACAUUGUGGAAAGGUUUGAUCCAAAAGAGAAUAAGUGGGCACGUGUGGCUUCAAUGAGUACCAGACGGUUAGGUGUGGCAGUUGCUGUGUUAGGUGGAUUUCUUUAUGCUGUUGGUGGAUCUGAUGGUACCUCUCCCCUAAAUACAGUUGAACGCUACAGCCCACAAGAAAACCGCUGGCAUACUAUUGCGCCGAUGGGAACACGGCGGAAACACCUGGGGUGCUCUGUUUACCAAGACAUGAUCUAUGCAGUUGGAGGAAGAGAUGAUACCACAGAAUUGAGCAGUGCUGAGAGGUUUAAUCCUCGCACUAAUCAAUGGUCUCCAGUUGUGGCUAUGACAUCACGCAGGAGUGGUGUUGGCCUUGCAGUUGUUAAUGGGCAGCUGAUGGCAGUGGGUGGCUUUGACGGCACUACUUACUUAAAAACUAUUGAAGUUUAUGAUCCAGAUGCAAAUACUUGGAGAUUAUAUGGAGGUAUGAACUAUCGCAGACUGGGUGGUGGAGUGGGUGUGAUCAAAAUGACGCACUGCGAAUCCCAUAUAUGGUAACCUGUAAACUCUGGAAUCUUUGCUGCUAUUCGAUGCUGUAAUUGUUUUGGAGCAAAUAUUUUAAAUUUGGUGGAAUCUGGCUGCUUUUCAGUCAAAAGAAGAGAGUUGCUCUCCAUUAAGUAACCUGAAGACAGUUUGGUGCAAUAAGUGUUCUGUGGAAAAACUAGACUUCUAGGUAAGUCUAUGAUUAGUUCUAAAGGAUGUUAAUAUUGGUGCCUCCAAUUUAUGUGUGGAGAAAGCUUUCUUAUUGAAAUCAGUUGAUAGUACCUUGGUGGUUAAACUGGAAGUGCAAAAGAGUUGCGUACUCACAGACAGAGAUGAAAUCGAUUUUCUAAUCUUUCAAUUUUUGAGGACUUUUAAAAACAGAGGUGAGAAGUAUCAGUGUGCAGCGUGACAGAAGAUUCUUCAGAGCAACUAGCAUUAUGGAAACCAUGUGCAAACCUAAGUUGCCUGUCAAAUAGAACAGUUCACAAUUCCACAUGUUGCAGUUUAAAAAGGAAACUGUCAUGAAUGUUAAAUGAGCAAAUGAAAGUUCUUUUAGUUGCUCUCCACUAGAGAACCACAGUAAUACCAUGCAUAGCUACUGUAAUGUACUUUUUUCCUGAUGUUUACUAUUCUGUUUUUGGUGCAGUGAAUGUGGUUUUUUCUAUUCAGGAUAUAUAACAGGAGUAUGACAUAGAACUGUCCUCCCCAAAUGGUACAUAACUGGAAACUUCUUGAAGGGCACUGCGAUACACUUUCCCAUGAAUACAAACCUUUAUUCCCUUCAAUCACAGGAGCACACAAUGAUAUACAUCAUGUCACUUGAGCAAGAAGCUGUUUAACCAAAUAUGAUGCAUGGCUCCUCCUCCUUCUUCUGCAGAUAUUUUACACACAACACCUAGCCCAGCCAAGCAUUGUAGUGCUUGAAAAUCCCCAUAUCAUUUAUUGAAUCUAAUUGAAUGGAUAGUGCUUUGUCUUUUUUUCUGAGGGGGGGGAGUGGAAUAUUAGCACACUCAACUAUCCAAAUGUCAAUAAAAGUCUUGGUGUUUGGUUUUGUUUUGUUUUUAAGAAAAUCUGUACUAUGUCCCAUUUUAUUGUAAAAAGUUCAUUGAAUCAGAUUCCAGAAAUGUUUUCAGUAAAUUGAUCUGGAAGAAAUCCAUCUUGUUUUUCAAUCUCACUUUAUCCAGCCCAUUGUAUUAAAGUUUUAUUAGUCUCACACUGUUACAAUGGCAUAGAAAUAAACCUUUUAUCGCAUCAA